CCCCCCCCACAAACCAACCCUGUGCAAUAAAAAAAAAUUGCUUGGCUAUAUUUGGAGAGAGCUGAUGUCACAAGUGGUUUGAGCAGAGAGCUUAUAAACGGUGACAGCCUGACAAACCAUCGGACUGCUCCACAGACAGACGAGGACCGAACGUAACAGAGAGUAAGUACCUUACUGAUCUUACAUGUCUUGUUUUCCCCCACUGACACCAAAUGUUUGUGCUGUAAGCUUGGACUUUAGUGGAUGUUUGUUCUGGUUUUUGAUGCAACAUUUCAGCCAAAUCUGCUGCUCUGUGACUUUCAGUAUAGGUGAUUGGAAACGUAUAUAUGGAUGCAAAUUUUAAAUUAAUAGGAAUAGCUGCUUUCAGUGGAAAUUAUUUCAGAAAUAACAUCAGUUUCAUGUAAAGAUACAGUAUGGUACAUGUUUGUAAAUCAUGACAAAGAUAGAUGCUUAAAUUUCUUAACUGAUAUAUUGAGACCUAAAUAAAUGGACUCGUUGAAUACUUUAUAAAAUCACUUUAUUAAUUAAAUCCCUAUAUACCAACCCCAUAUUGGACUCCAUUUCAUAACUUUAUAUUAAACUCUCUUUUUUAAUAUAAAUCUCUAUUACAGUUUUACGUUAUUGAAUUGUUUUCUGCUUUUUCAAGUGGUUGUUUUCUUGUUUUUCUUUCCAUUUAUCUUUUAUCAAUUUCCAUUUUGCAGAGUACAAAAAACAAAAAAAAUCUAAAAGCAUCUGAAAAAAAGUAAAUACAUUUUUUUUUUUAUAUUUGAACGAGCUUCACGUUACACAAUACAGGUGAAUGAUGUUGUGUGGAAGUAACAGAUUUCUUUAUUCAUUCAUUUAUUUUUAGUUUUUUUCAUGAAUCUUUUUCAUAUAGCGGUAGUCCUAACCGAAUAGUAAAUAGUAAAAGUCUGACUUAGAUGCAAACCCUUGUGUUUCUGCAGGAAGACAUCAGCAUCAUAAGCAGCAUGUAUCACCUGAGGGUGCCUGUGUUUCUCAUCACGGCGCUUGUACUGCUCCGCUGCAUCGCCGCCGCUCCGAGCCACAGGUACUUCAGCUCCAGCUCCUCCUCCGAUGACGAGCAGGAGAGUGCUCUUCCAGACAACGAGAGCUGGUCCCUGCCUCAGCUAAUCUCUGACUCGUUCCUUGGCCUCAUGGGCGCACGGCCACAGAGAGGGCUCACAGCAAUGAACAGUCAUCACUUACAGAAGAGAAAGUGCAACACAGCCACCUGUGUGACCCAGAGGUUAGCAGACUUCCUGGUCCGGUCCAGUAACACCAUCGGAACGGUUUAUGUUCCGACGAACGUGGGAUCAAGCACCUACGGCAAGAGGGACCUACAGCACUCCCCCAGCUACCUUUCUUUCUAGUACAAACUGGGAGGACACCACAGCACGCCUAGUGAUAUAACGAUCAUGUGUAACCCUGAAUGUAAGAAUGAUGACUUUGGUGAUAAAUGUGGACCCCAAGAAGAUUUUUUUAUUGUUCCUUCAUAAGCAUCAAGAAACAGUGCCUUUGAUUUAAGCCAUCUGAAUCGAUGUAUGUUUUCUUCCAGCUUUGUGAACCUUGUAAAUCGUCUCCCCCACACACAGCACCAAUAAAAUGAGAAAAAAAGCAAACAAAAAUAAAGCAAUUGCAAAAUAUUGAGUGACAAAGAAGAAAUGUAAAGCCCUUUAAUAUAAGUCAGCUACCAUGUUUUGAUAAUAAAAAUGUUGAAAUGUG